UUCUGUGACAGCCUCCUACCAGAGGAGUAACUUUGAGUUACGUGCCUCUUCCUCCUCCUUCCAGGGGAAGACACGUCUGCUGUAUCGUUCUAUUGGAAGAAAAAGGCGGGGUUAAGCGGUCUGCGUGCCUGGAUCGGUGACGUCAGGACGGCGCGGAGUAAGAAAGGCGGGACGUCGGCCGGAUGGAAGCUUAGCGCCAUUGCUUAGUGGCAGGGAAAAAAAAAAAAAAAGUACAAGCUGCCACCGAAGGCGCUAGUUGGUUCGCGACCAUGAGGCGGUCCCUGCCCCAACUGCUGGUGCUCGUGCUGCUGGCCUUCCCCGCCGUCCUCCUCCUCGGCGGUGCCCGAUCUGGCCCAGGUUCCAGUUUGCUUGUGUCUGCCCAAGAUGCUACUGAAGAUGAAGAAGCAAUAGAAGAUACAAUCGUUGAGGAUGAAGAUGAUGAAGCUGAAGUUGAAGAAGAUGAACCCACAGAAUUGACAGAGGAGAAAGAGGAAGAUGAUCUGUCAGGAGAACCUAAAGCAUCACCUAAUGCUGAUACAACCAUUUUGUUUGUGAAAGGAGAAGAUUUUCCAGCAAACAACAUUGUGAAGUUUUUAGUAGGCUUUACUAAUAAGGGUACAGAAGACUUCAUCGUAGAAUCACUAGAUGCUUCAUUUCGGUACCCACAAGAUUAUCAGUUUUUUAUUCAGAAUUUCACUGCUCUUCCUCUAAACACAAUUGUUCCACCACAGAGACAGGCCACAUUUGAAUAUUCCUUCAUUCCUGCAGAGCCGAUGGGUGGCCGUCCCUUUGGACUGGUUAUCAAUUUGAAUUACAAAGAUCAAAAUGGGAAUUUCUUUCAAGAUGCUGUCUUCAAUCAAACUGUUACAAUUAUUGAAAAAGAAGAUGGAUUAGAUGGUGAAACGAUCUUUAUGUAUAUGUUCCUGGCGGGACUUGGCCUACUUGUCAUUGUUGGUCUACAUCAAUUGUUGGAAUCUAGGAAGAGAAAAAGACCAGCUCAAAAAGUAGAGAUGGGAACUUCUAAUCAAAAUGAUGUUGACAUGAGUUGGAUUCCUCAAGAAACUUUAAAUCAGAUCAUGCAAAGUAGAAGAGAUAAAGCUUCUCCAAGACGGUUGCCACGCAAGAGGACACAGAAAAGAUCAGUGGGCUCUGACGAGUAAAUCUUGUUAGCCCAGUCAACCUUUACUAACCCAGCCAUCAAAACCCUCCCUAGUGUUUGGCUUGAAUUGGGAGUUGAAAUAUGCUGAAAGCCAUAUUGACUGAGGAGAAUACUAUCAAAUAUUUGGACUAAGCAUUUAGUUGUGUCCAGAGAACAUUGCUAAAAAUGCACUUCAAGUUCCUUUUAAAGAAACUUUUAAUUGCAAAUCAUUGUGCUUUCUGAAAUGUGCCUUCAGAGUCUCUUCAUAAUGCUGAUUUGUCAUUUGCAUGCUUUUGUUUCUGAUUCUUUGUCACAAAUGAAAAUGUCAUUUCCCAUCUUGUUCUAAUUGUGUUCUGUUCUACAAGGUCUUUAUGCAUUUUCUUAUUUAGUAUUUGAGUCAUAGAUCGCACUCACUCGUUGCUACAUGUAUGUAGCUAUUUUUAGUACACAUGUCGAAUCUCUCAUGAAGCACUGAAUCGGAGUUUUGUAUUCUAAAGGCACAAGCAGGAGUAACUGCUUUUAGCAGUAUUUUUAAAUGGCUGCUGAUGUGAUAAAAUGCACAGAAUCUGAGAUCCCAAAUGUUCUUGCAUAUAUGUCCAAUAUUCUCUGUAGCAGCUGCAAUUCUGAAAUUUGGGUUGUGUGCUCUUUUUUGACAUCUGUCGUCUUUUGAUUGCAAUAUAACUGUGCAUUUGUAACUGUUGGUAAUUUUACUUCAGUCAAGUGUUCUGGUGGUUCGACCAGGUGAGUUUUGAAUGCUAGUUCAAAUUGUUUAACAUUGAGCCUCAUCAGUAUAAAUUCAGGGAUUCUCCCAUCAUUCAGAAACACAAUCAUGGAUAACAAAAUCUGUCAGAUUUCAUAGAUAAAGCUGGAUAUAAGGUUUGACAUACCUGAAAGUUUCUUUGGAUAACAACUUGUAAACAUUCAGCAGAAUUGUGCUCUUCUGUUUCCCAUAUUUGAUUGUAUAUGAAAAAAGUUUUGAAAUGACAGUAAAAAUGUAACUUACGUUUUA